CAAUAGGCAGGAAACACAGCAUUCUACAGCACACCCGCAUUGUGUUACUUGGAUAAGUUGCAUCGGUCAUGCAAUGGCAGAAAGGCGAUAAGAAAUAUUACUUGAUGCUCUUCGAGUAUUGUGCCCAGACAGCUAAGGUUUCAACACAAGUGUCCAGUGAAUAACAUGAUUGUUCGUGAAAGGGACCCCUAAAUUUGACUAUCUGACCUGUCUUCGGGAAGUGGUUGAAGGAAGUCGCAAGGAAAUGCUGAAACGACUGGUGCCGUUGAUUACGCUCCUUAUUCUAUUGGUGGCCGCGAAAGAAAAUGAAGGAAACAAUGAAUCGGAAGAAGACAUACUGGAGGCAAUUGGAAGCGCCGCAGCAACUCUCGGACAUCAUGUUCACAGAUUUUUCAGCGCAUUUGUACGAGGAAUAGAGAAGGAGCUUGCUGAGCGCCGGCGCAAACAUAAUGAAGAAGGAGAUACUUCUAAAGGUGCGGGAUCCACCACCUCCAGCAAAGGGGAGGAGCAAACACCCUCUAACAGCACCGAUAGUAACCAAGAAGGAAGCCAAAACUCAACAUCCUCGCAGCAAGAUCCGCAAGAGCCUCAAGAGUUGCAACUGCCACAAGAGCCGCAACAGCUGCAAAAAACCUUGCCUUUGCUGCCAAAACUACUAUGAACAUUGGUUGUAUUUUCAGAAAUCAAAAGCAGUUCUGUACAGAAUAGUACGAUCAUCAGCCGCACCAAGGAAUAAAGUUUUACAAGGCGCUGUGCUUCACUCUAUAUUUAUAAUAUGUCGCUGUGAGAUUUACUGGCUAUAUUAAAAAGUUACAGAUAU